AGAAUGUGGAAGAGGUUGUGAUGCAGUGGGGAUUUCUUCAGCAAGCCAACUAAAAGGGCUGGUUCUUGUGCUGAAACACCACAAUGGUGCUGCCCACAAACUGGUGUGUUAUUUCACCAACUGGGCGUUUAGUCGGCCCAGCCCUGCUUCGAUCCUGCCCCGGGACCUGGACCCCUUUCUCUGCACCCACCUGGUAUUUGCCUUUGUCUCAAUGAACAGCAAUCAGAUUGUUCCUAAGGAUCCCCAGGAUGAGAAAAUCCUCUACCCAGAGUUCAACAAGCUCAAGGAGAGGAACAGGGAGCUGAAAACACUGCUGUCCAUCGGGGGGUGGAACUUCGGCACAUCGAGGUUCACCACGAUGCUGUCCACAUUUGCCAACCGGGAGAAGUUUGUCAAUUCAGUGAUAGCCCUCCUGAGGACACAUGGCUUUGAUGGUCUGGACCUCUUCUUCUUGUACCCUGGACUCAGAGGCAGCCCCAGACGUGACCGCUGGACCUUUGUCUUCUUACUUGAAGAGCUCCUGCUUGCUUUCAGGAAGGAGGCGCAGCUCACCAUACGUCCAAGGCUGCUGCUCUCUGCUGCUGUCUCUGGGGACCCCCGUGUCAUCCAAAAAGCGUAUGAUGUGCACCUUCUGGGAAGACUACUGGAUUUCAUCAGCAUCUUGUCUUAUGACUUACAUGGAAGCUGGGAAAAGUUCACAGGACACAAUAGCCCGCUGUUCUCUAUGCCCAAGGACCCCAAAUCUUCAGCAUAUGCCAUGAACUACUGGCGAAAGCUUGGUGCAGCACCUGAGAAGCUCCUUAUGGGGCUCCCCACCUAUGGACGUACUUUUCGCCUCCUCAAAGCCUCUAAGAAUGAGUUGUGGGCAGAAGCUGUGGGACCAGCAUCUCCAGGGAAGUACACCAAGCAAGCUGGCUUCUUGGCUUAUUAUGAGAUUUGCUCCUUCAUCUGGAGAGCGAAGAAGUGCUGGAUUGAUGAUCAGUAUGUCCCAUAUGCCUACAAGGGGAAGGAGUGGGUUGGCUAUGAUGAUGCCAUCAGCUUCAGUUACAAGGCAUUUUUCAUAAUGAGAGAGCAUUUUGGGGGGGCCAUGGUGUGGACAUUGGACCUGGAUGACGUCAGGGGCACUUUCUGUGGCACUGGCCCUUUCCCCCUUGUCUACACAUUGAAUAAUCUCCUGGUGAAGGCUGAGUUCAGCUCAACUCCUUCACCAAAAUUUUGGCUCUCAACUGCUGUGAAUUCUUCAAGAAUUGGCCCUGAAAGGCUGACUGUGAUCAAGGAUUUGACCACUGAUUUGGGGAUCUUGCCCCCCGGAGGAGAGGCUGUGGCCACGGAGAUCCAUAGAAAGUCUGAAACUAUGACCACAGUCCCAAGAGGUGGGCUUGUGACCCCUACAAGGGAAACUCUGUCCUUUGGAAAGCACCCUGUAACUCCAGAAUGGAAGACUGUGACCCCUGGAGAGGAGACCAUGACCCCUGUGGGCCACAAGGCUGUGACCCCUGGAGGGAUAACUGUGGCUCCUAUGCAUCUUCAGACUGGAGAGAAAAUCAUGCCCCCAAGAAGGAAGGCUGAAGCCCCUGAGAAGAUGACCGUACCCUCAGGAAAGAUGACAGUCACCCCUGCUGGGCAGACUGAGACUCUUGAGGCGAAUUUGACUUCUGAGGUGGACCCUGACCCCCUGGUGGGUUACUUUGGUCUUCACACAGAAGCUGAAAACUGGAUGCUGCUCUCUGGUCCUGUCAUCUCGCCCCCAGGACACACUGCUCUUGCUUUUGACAAGCCCUUUGUUCCCAGAUGGAAUCAUUCCUCUGAUGAUUCAGUAACUCUUCCAAUGAGUCCUCUCUCUCUAAAGAAAGAAAAUCCAGAAAACUCUGCUGUGGACUGAGGAUCCUAAGAUCUGUUGGCAGAAACUGGGGAAAGUCCUUGCCUUUUCUUCUGGGUUCCCUGACAGAAGCUGCCUGUGCCCAGCCAUUCAUAAACCAUUCUUGGGGCAAAGCAGGCCCCAGGCCACACUGAGUUCAUCUCUUUUCUGUUGAAUAAACUGGAAGCAUAAGAACUCA